AUGUCAGCUCAUCGCGGAGAGCCACGUCUUGUCAUCACGGAGCAGCCUCAAUCCAGAGGAUUAAGAUUCAGGUACCAAUGCGAGAAUCGUGGCUUCACACCUGGCUCGAUUCUCGGCGCAGAUUCCAGCCCACAGCAACGGAGCUAUCCUACGGUUGAGAUUCGAAACUACAAGGGGCCUGCUAAGAUCGUAAUUUCUUGCGUCACCACGGAAGAUUUCCCAAGACUUCACCCGCACCGUCUAGUAGGCCAUGAGGGUUGCCGCGAAGGUAUUUGCGAAAUAUCCGUUUCUGCUGAAGCGAUCAUGGCCUACUCGGUGAAGAGUUUGGGCAUUCAGUGCAUCCGCCGGAAGGACAUCGAAGCGGAGCUGAAGAUAAGGGAGUCGCGGUACCAGAAUCCGUUUAAAGGAAAUCCACUUACCAUCAAUCUGAACGCAAUUCGGCUUUGUUUUGAGCUGCAUGUGGAAAAUUCCGAUGGCCAGUUUGUGCCGAUGUUCCCACCAGUACUGUCCACCACAAUCUACGACAAAAAAGCUAGCCCCAGUCUGGUGAUCUGCUCGAUGAGUGCCACCGAUGGCCCGGCCUCCGGUGGCAAACAAAUCAUCCUGCUCACGGAAAAGGUCAACAAGGACGACAUCCAGGUUCGAUUCUACAGAGAACAUGGUCCAGACCGAAAACCGUGGAUUGCCUACGGCAAGUUCAAUCCGGCCACCAACGUCCACAAGCAGUUUGCAAUCGUGCUGAAAACCCCGGCCUACUACGAUCCAAGAAUUACGGAACCGGUGACGGUUAUCUGGCAGGAGGAAGUGCAGCGUGGCCCAUGGGAACAGGUCGAUGGCGGUAGCAGUGACGGGUCUGCCGUUGAUUCUGAAACAAGUCUGUACGAAUUCAGCCUGGAAGACAUUUUCGAGUGUUUAUAUGAAUAA